AUGGAGCAUCAAAACACCAACUGCGUACUUCAUGAGGGACUUGACGAAGAUAAGGAAAAAUUGAAUGGUGCAAAGGCACAGAAGGUUUUAGCAGAUGGACAGGGUAGAAAUGAGGGAGAGAGUGGACAGGACCAGCCUGGAUCUGAAGCAGCAGCAGCAGCAGAUGGGGAAGGAGCAAAAGAAUUAAGUGGAGAAGGUGGGCCCGCUGCUGGCGCUGCAGGCCUCGUGGAUAACAGGAACCAAGAGGACCAUGGCACCAGAGGCAAAGACCAGGAGAACGAGAAGCAGCCAGAGAAGCCAGUCCCUGAGGACAUUGAGGUCUUAGAGAAUGCGCAGCCUAUUCCCGUGCUGAUAACUGGUGUGCAGCCUGUUCCAGUGCUGAUGCCUGACGUAAAGCCUGUGUCGGUGCUGGUACGCCAGCGUAGCUUCCACUACAAGUUCACUCGGUGGCAGCUGCAGGAGAUGGAGCGAAUUUUCCAGCAGAAUCACUUCAUCGGUGCAGAAGAAAGAAGACAUCUGGCAAGAUGGAUAGGUGUGAGUGAAGCCAGAGUUCAGAAUUGGUUUAAGGGAAGACGAGAACAAUAUAGGAGACAGCAGAAGCUAUAAAUGCUCAGAGGGGCCUCUUUUCCAGAAGACUAUGCAGGAGUCCUAGAGAACCACCCUUGCUCAAGAUCCAGAUAGCGAUAAGUGUUUGCUACCAUCUACACUCUUAUAUCUUCAACAUCUGUAUUUUUAAUAAAGAAGUGAAGUUUCUGCACCUUUGCUGCAUUUGUUUUUAUGAAUUAGCAGGAAAUGUGUAAAGUAAUAAAGGAACUCUCCUUGAAACACG